AUGCUAAUUAAAGAUUUGUUAGACCUUGAGGAGGAAAAAACAGAGAUACACCAACAAUUUAAUGAUAAUGACUUUGUACAAGCUGCUACAAAAAUAGACCACAUAGAGAAUGAAGUCAUUAUACAACCCUUAACCGAACAAGAACAGUUGGAAAUUCUGCGCAAUGCUCUGCAAAUCGUUGAUGAAAAAAUUGAUGAUGGUGGAAUUACAAUGAAGGCUUUGCGUAAGCUUCAAACACGUAUUCGUGAGGAGAUCCGAAAGGAAGAGGCUGAAAAACAG